GAGACAACGAUGUGUCACUGAAAAUAUUUGUUUGGUUCUAACCGGUUGGUAUGCCUGCUAUCACUGUCAUCUUUCAAAGUUGAAAUUUACUCUUUCUUUUCGUUCAGAAUUUUAUAUCAGUCAACAUGGGUAAACCCCGUGGAUUGAAAACCGCCAGAAAACAUGUGAACCAUCGUAGGGACCAAAGGUGGGCUGACAAGGACUACAAAAAAGCUCAUUUAGGUACUCGCUGGAAGGCUAACCCAUUUGGAGGAGCUUCACAUGCCAAAGGAAUUGUACUUGAAAAAGUAGGAGUUGAAGCCAAGCAGCCAAACUCUGCUAUUCGCAAGUGUGUGAGGGUACAGCUUAUCAAGAAUGGUAAAAAGAUUACUGCUUUUGUGCCCAGAGAUGGUUGUCUAAAUCACAUUGAAGAAAAUGAUGAAGUUCUAGUAGCAGGAUUCGGUCGUAAAGGUCAUGCUGUUGGUGAUAUUCCUGGAGUAAGAUUCAAAGUCGUCAAAGUUGCUAAUGUUUCACUACUAGCAUUAUACAAAGAAAAGAAGGAGAGACCCAGAUCAUAAUUUAUCUUUUUUUUUUUAUUAUAAAACUGACCUGUGUUUCAAUAAAAUGCAAGUCUGAUGUUAGUA